AUGCGUCGAGAAAGUAUUCACGAUGUCAACAUUCCAGCUGGAAUGACAGAAAAGUCCCGCGGUUCGAUGACGAAAGACGAGGGUCUUGACCUCGCAGCUUCACGAAGCAUUGACGAAGUUCAAGCUAUUGAAAUGCAAGAGGGCAAGCAUGGACAAUUCCAUCGAUCCUUUACACCAAGACAAGUUCAUAUUAUUGCUCUAGGUUCCAAUAUCGGCUCGGGCGUCUUCAUCGCUACCGGAAAAGCCCUCGCGACUGGCGGCCCAGGAAACAUGGUGAUUGCAUAUCUCAUGGUGUGCUCAUGUGUCUGGGCUGUUUUACAAUCGUUAUCAGAAAUGACCAUUGCGUUCCCUGUUUCAGGAAACUAUAUCGACUAUGCUGAUCGUUGGGUUGAUCCCGCUCUGGCUUUUGGAGCAGGUUUCGCCGAGUGGCUUGGCUGGACUGCUAUUGUCUCUGCUGAGGCAGGUUUCUUCCAUAUCUUGGUAGGAUAUUGGUCUGGGGGCUCGUUUCCUUUGGCUGCAUCACUCAGCAUCUUCAUGUUUGCCUGUCUCGUUAUCUUUCUUCUCCCGAACACCGUAUUCGCCUGGUUUGAAUAUGUGACGUCCUUGAUCAAGAUUUUCCUCUUCUUGAUUAUCAUUACUCUAUCCUUGGCUUUGGUUCUUGGAGCUGGUCCUAAUGGUUAUGUUCAUCACGGAGAGACAUGGACUGACCUACCAGCAUUCUUGAACGGCUUCUCUGGAUUUGCCAACUGUGCACUCCUCGCUACUUGGGCCGUCGGUGACCAAGUCUUCAUCGGUAUCAUGGGCGGUGAAGCUGAGAGCCCACGCUUCUCCCUCGCUCACGCCACCAAGCUCGUUCCCUUCCGAGUCAACUUCAUCUACAUGCUCAGCGUCAUCUUUAUCACCCUCCUCGUUCCUUCCAACGACCCUCGUCUUCUCGGUGGAGGUGGUGUUGCCGCUUCACCCUUCGUCGUUGCUGUUACAGACUCUGGAAUUCCCGGUAUCUCUUCGCUCCUGAACGCUGGAAUGAUCUGUGGUGUCCUUGGCAUCGCUGCUGAGUCAGUCUAUCUCUCGUCACGAGUCCUGCGAACUAUGGCUCAUCAGGGUCUUAUUUCUACACGUCUUGCACAUGUCGAUGAUAAGGGACGCCCCAGGCUUGCUUUGAUCAUCACAUCUGUUGUUGCUGUCGUUCUUGGAUACAUUCAACUUUCUGCUGGUGGUCUUACUGUCCUGAACUGGCUGAUCUCCAUUACAAGCGCCUCAUUCUUCACAAACUGGAUCAUCAUCUCCUUCACCAACUACCGAUUCCACUGUGCUCUGAAGGCCCAGAACGACAAACUCUUCUCAGAGACUUAUGCCUGGCGAUCGAGUGCUUGGCCCAUUGCACCAGCAUGGUUGAUGCUCAUCUCCGUCAUGUUGCUGGUCUGCUGUAUUUACUCCGGAAUCAAGCCUGUUGGUGGCGCUGGCUUUUCUGCCUCCAACUUCUUCCAAUACAUGAUUGGUGUUCUUGUCAUCUUUGGCUUCACUGCUGGAUACAAGGUCAUAUUCCGAACUCCCUGGAGAGAUCCUGCCACCGCCGACUGUCUCACCGGUCGACGACACUUAAGCGUCGAUGAGAUCAAGCAACUCGACGAGUACUAUGCUAAGCCCAAGUGGAGGCGCUUCCUCACUUAUGUUCAGCUGUGGUAAAUACCACGUCUUGAAAGCUGUAUGA